AUGCCGAUGACUGUACAUCGAAAUCAUUCAAAGAUGGUACAGUAUGUGUUUGCAGUUUGGAUUACUGUGAUGAAGUUGAUCCCCGCUCUGGACAUCACUAUGGGUCAGGCGGCGGUUUACACGUCCUCUCACGCUGGAGCGCGAAUGCAUCGUGAUGUGAUCUACGCGACGGAUGCGGAACCUUUCGGCACACUCCACUUAACAAUUGACUCCUCGAAAAAGUACCAGACGAUUCAAGGAUUCGGUUCGACGUUUUCCGGCGCUUCUGGCGCAAAUUUGAGAAGUCUUCCCGAUAAAUUAGCGGACACAGUAAUCCGACAGUACUUCUCGGAGUCAGGCCUAAACCUUCAAUUCGGACGUGUUCCCAUUGCUAGUACCGAUUUUUCCGGCCGCGUUUAUAGUUAUAACGAUGUCAGCGAUGACUACAUGAUGCAAAACUUUAAUUUGACGAAAGAAGACUUUCAGUGGAAGAUCCCCUACAUCCAAGCCGCCAAGAAAUACAAUCAAAACUUGAAAUUGUUCGGAGCGCCGUGGAGCGCGCCAGGAUGGAUGAAAACUACAAAAGCCAUGUCGGGACCGGGAGCAUUGAGCGGGAAAGCGGGGGAUAAUUACCAUAAGGCAUACGCGACGUAUUUUGUGAGAUUCCUUGAGGAGUACGCAAAGUCUGGAAUCUCGUUCUGGGCGUUGAGCACUCAGAAUCAGCCUACACUGGGGUCGGAUAAGAAGAAUAAGAUUCAGUCGACACUCUUCACCGCCGAGACUCAACGAGACUUUAUCAAGAGUGAUUUGGGACCGGCGUUGAUGAAGUCCAACGUGGGAAAAGAUGUGAAAUUGCUUAUUUUGGACGAUAAUCGCGGAAAUUUACCGAAAUGGGCGGAUACGGUGCUAAACGACCGUGACGCCGCCCCAUUCGUCUCCGGAAUCGGUGUCCAUUCGUACCAAGACUCGGAAACCGACAAGCAUCUCGACGAGACCCACAAAAAUCAUCCCAACUUUUUCAUUUUGGGCACCGAGGCAAGCGAAGGGGGCGGAGCCAAGGAUGUUUCAGUGGAUUACGGUAGCUGGGAUCGUGCGGAGGAUACCGUUUCGGAUAUUUUGGAUGACCUAAACAACUGGGUUGUCGGUUGGACAGAACGGAAUCUUAUCCUAGACGCCCAAGGUGGACCAUCUUGGGUGUCUGACUUCGCCGAUGCACCAAUUAUUGCGUUCCCCGCAUUGGCGCAAUUCUACAAGCAACCAAUGUUUUAUGCUAUUGCACAUUUUAGCCACUUCAUUAAACCGGGCGCCGUGAGAAUCGACCAUUCUCUGAAUGUGAUCGAGUUGGAAGUGGAAUCGUCGGCUUUUUUGAAUCCAGAUGGCUCCAAAGUCAUUGUGAUGGUUAAUAAGGGAUCGCUCGUGGCCACAGAGCAUACUGUAGUUGUGCAGGACACUGCGGACAACAGGAAUCACUAUCAAUUCAAGCUUCCGCACAGAAACAAUUUCCUUAUGGAUACCCCGUUAAAACCAUUUGCUCUUCUAGGAAAACCGACAAAUCACAUUGAUGACGUGGAAAUCGACGAGGAGUCAGAAGAAGUGGAUUCAGAGGCUCCAGAAUCCUCCCAAAAACGAGUCCGCCGCCAAUUCUCCGCAUCGGAACGUCUUCAUGUAUUCCAAUACAUUCUAAGUGAAUGUAAAAGUCGGGUACCCGGAAGAGAGGGACGAAUCGCUAAAUUUAAAGUGCAGACGAAUAGUUCAAAAGUUUGGGAGAAAUUUAAACAGUUGUAUGGAUAUGAAAGGGAUGUCGCAGUGUAUAGGCUACACUACAACUUCAAUUCGCCCCGCCUUCACACGGUGAUCGGUCUGUCUCCAGAUGAGCGUGUCGAUUUGUACUAUGCAAUGGAUAUUCCGGUGACAUGUGAAAAGGAGAGAACGAUGAUAAUUGAGAAAUAUGGGUGUACACUGAAUUCCGAUAAUAUAGUGACUGGAAGCACGAAAUGUGAACAUUGGGAUCUUGUCCAUUCGGAUAGUGAAGACGAUAAGGACGGCGAUGAAGGCCGAGAAACGACGCGAUACGUGGAAUAUCAGGAUGGUGUCAUGUGGCAAUUUCUGCUGGAUCGCGCUAUGUCGACAACGGAUAUCAUUAGUUAUGGAUUGCCGGUGUGGAAAGAGUUUCGAGAGAUUUAUAACUCACCGAUUAUUAGGAAAAAGUCUUACGUGUGUUAUGCGGAUAGAUGUCGUCGGAUCCUUCUCCCAAAUCUCCACAUAAUGCCAUUCGAUAUUGAGACUAAAGCAGCAUUAUAUCAGUCGCUGGAUUACCCGGUUCCACCUGAAUUCAAAGAAAUCCUAAUCACCGAAACUGGUGUAGAAAUUCUCUCGAACAACUUCAUCGCCGAAUACCCGGCUCGCCCCGCCCACCUGGUACUCCAGUCCCGCCCAUUCGACGACUCGCCGAUCGGAAUCACGUCGACAACGAAAUUCUCGACACUGCGAGCGCCGGAAGAACAUCGUUCGCGGCUAUGGAUUGUCGAUCAAAAAGGGUGGUCGGACAAGGAGAAUCAAUCGAUUUGGGAGUAUAUUCUGAAGAAGGCGACUGAAACGAAGAAUGGCGUCAUGCGGCCGAUUGAGGUGCCGAAGUAUGGAUCGGCACGGUUUUGGUGGAAAUUCACGGAGGCGGUGAAGACGAACAGAUCGUGUCAUGCGUUGGCUCAGCAUUUCAAACUUCUUCGCACCCAAAUUCUGUCAUCUGGUCUCGACUUGGAAAGCAACAUCAAUUUAUAUUAUAUAAUUACCCAACCAGUUGAUAGGAUUGCUCUGGAGAGAUUCAAAUCGAUUUCGAUUUUGGUGUUGGAUGCGCAGCGACUCAUCCGAUACGCAGUAGGAAAGACGUUUCUGAUUGGACCACUCGCCGGAGAGAGUUUUGAGAAUUUCAACACAGACAACUACUCGUUUCAUUAUGAUCCGACGGUUUUGAAAAAUAUUUUGGGAUUGGAAGGGGAUGAGAAGCCCGACUACUCGAAAGUCCCUCAACAACUACAGACAUAUAUGCUUGAAUUCGAAAGAAAACAACACUUUGCUUAUCUCAAUUUGAGUAAUAGUCUCAAAUUUUCGAAUCUGUGA